AUGGCGUCAAGGAAGAGAGGGAGGAGCGAGUUUGAAGGCGGAGAAGAAGAAGAAGAUUUCGAUGCACAGCUGCGGAAAGAGUACACCCAGAAGGUUCUACAGCAGCAAAAACUAAUCCUUGUGCUAGAUCUGGAUCACACACUGCUCAAUUCCGCUUCGUUCUCAAAGGUCGAUGAGGAAGAACGCUUGUAUCUCGAGAAAAUCUAUGAUUGGCAAGAGAAGGCACCCAAGAGAAGAAAGCUCCUUCACAAGGUAGAGAGCCUGCAGGUAUGGACCAAGAUUCGGCCAUUCGCCUUUAAGUUUCUUGAGGAAGCUAGCAAAUUCUUUGAUUUGCACAUAUACACCAAUGGGCGCGAGAUCUAUGCCGAGACCAUGGCUAAGCUGUUGGAUCCGACUGGAAGCUUGUUCAAGGGCCAUAUUUUCUCCAGGGAUCACAACUGUAUGAAGGCGAUGAAAGACUUGGAUACUGUACCGGGGGAUGAAUCGAUCACGCUGAUCGUGGAUGAUAGCGAUUAUGUCUGGCCCAAGAAGCAUCACAAGAACUUGAUCCCUGUCUACGAUCAAUACCGUUUCUUUCGAUCAAGCACUGGUUUAUUUGGCCUACGUGAAAGCUCUAGCUUGACAAGCAAGAAGAAGGAUGAGGUGGCAACGAAGGCCACGCUCGCAAAACUCUUGGAGGGGCUGAAGAGGAUUCACAGCGAGUUCUUCCAAGAAUAUGGAUGCUUUGCGGGGGAUGUUCGACAAACAAUGAGAGAGGUCAAAGGGCAUGCACUCUCGGGUUGCAAGAUCGUGAUAUGCGCCAAAACCCAAGCAGCUCAUGAGCUUUUGUGGGAUUCUUGCCAGGCGUUGGGAGCUGAGUGCGUAGUCGAUAUAGAUGAUACGGUGACACACGUUGUGGUAGCCAGCAAGCAACAACCCCAAGGGCUUGAAUUGUCCGCACAAGCUGGGAAAUAUUUGGUCUGGCCUUCGUGGAUACAUACAGCACAUUACCGGUGUUGUCGUCCAGACGAAGCUGCGUUUCUGUGGAGAAAAUUGGAAUAA